CAACGCCGGGCAGAGUCCCGUUUUGUGAUGCGAUUUUACGAAGCUGCUCACACGCCGUUCGCGCUCCAAGAACAAGCACUAACGUAUUGUUCUAAUUUCUCUGCUUUCAUAUCGAGACUAUAUAUCUUACUGAGGACUCGCUUCAUAUUCAACAAACAGAUUUGCCUCAGCUUCCACUUUCUUGGCUUCGAUUUAACUGGGAAGACUAGCCAUACUCGCGGAUUAACGGGUCUUUGCUGAGCUGAUUUGGGAAGAUGACUCCGACACCGUGUUCUAUAGACGUCUCUACCCAUCCCCAUCUGAAGGUUGAAUGCCAUAAUCCAAGCGAUAUUUCGCAUUCAACUUAGUCAACUUAGUCAACUUAGUCAAUCUCAUCUUGUCUUUUCUUUCCCCGCAACCCGAAACUAUGCAUCAUUCGGCGUUAUAAAGCUCGAUGGUACAUCUUCAUGAACAUUACCUCCAACUAACAUCACCUCUGUCAUCAUGGCUGAAAACAUGCUUCGCGAACCGCUCUCUGGCAUAGACAUCCUCAUCGUCGGGGGUGGCCUUGCAGGCUUGACCGCUGCCAUCGAGUGUCAUCGCAAAGGCCACAACGUUCGUGUCGUCGAACGUCGACCUGGGCUCGAUCCCUUUGGUGAUAUAAUCGCCAUCCAACCCAGCGCACUCUGCACUAUGCGCAAGUGGCCCGGGUUCCUUGACCAGCUCUUUGAAAACGAAUUUGGGGCCGACCUCCACUUGUACAAGUUUGACGGGACCCUCAUCGGGGUUUUCCCUAGCUUAAGUGACUAUACUCCAACUACGGGCGAACGCGCUACUGCCUUUAGCCGUCUGGAAGUCCAUCGGGCGUUGCACAAGUACGCCACCUCGCUUGGGAUCUCCGUUGAGCAUGAGAUUAGCGUCGUGGACUACUCAGAGACUGCCGAUAAGGGGUUUGCUAUCCUUGCAGAUGGCACUAAGCUUGAGGCGGAUCUUGUGAUCGCUGCAGAUGGCGUAGGAGGUAAGGGAUGGGGUAUCGUGAGUGGGAAGAAGGAACAGCCUAUCAGCAGUGGCUAUGCAGUCUAUCGAACGACCUUCUCGCUCGAGCAUGCAUUGAAGGAUCCCGUGCUGGCGAAGGUGUGCGAAGGCGAUGGCUCCUAUACAGCUGCCUAUAUAGGCUUCAAUACGCAUAUAGUCGUGGGCAAGAACAAGAACGUUGUUUGCUGGAUGAUGACCUAUCUUGACGAUGGUAACGCGACCGAGGAUUGGUCAAAGAUCCAGAGUUCGGAUUCCGCGCUUAAGCAUGUGAAAGAUUGGAGUCCGUUCGUCCCAGCUCUCGUUAAUGCGGUGCCCAACAAGGAAGUCGUUGACUGGAAGCUCAUGUGGCGGAACCCCCAGCCCAAGUGGGUCUCCCCGAUGGGCCGGGUCGCCCAGAUCGGAGAUGCUGCACAUAGUCUUCUUCCGACGAGCGCCAGUGGUGCGACUAUGGCUAUGGAGGACGGUUUCACUCUCGCUGCCUGCCUCCACCUCAGUGGAAAGGAUAACAUCCCUAUGGCAGUCCAAGUUUACAACAAGCUACGGUUCGAGCGUGCCUCUUGUGCUCAAAGGAUGGGAUUCAAGACGCGUGAAAAUUGGCAUCACGCGGAUUGGGAUGCCGUGUCGAAGAAUCCAAAAAUAAUCGGCAAGAUCAUCGGUAAAUGGCUAGCAAUGCAUGAUUCGGAGAAGUAUGCAUACGACAAUUAUGCUGCUUGUGCGAAGCAUAUAACUGACGGCACACCUUUUACUAACACGAACACUCCUCCGGGCUACACUUACGAACCAUGGACAGUCGAGGAUCUAUUGAAGGCGGCGAGACAGAAGACUGAUGUUCAGGAUGCCGGUGAUUGGUCUUGAGUUGCCCACUGGCAGGGUAACGUUCAUACCACAAGUCUUCUUGGAGUUCCUGCUGGUCCCUUUAUUAGCUGUAGAUUUGGUCAAUAGAUUCGUCCUCCGAGUCCUGAUGGUACUAUUGUGCAAAAGUGCUUCGAACCUGGUUGAAAUGGCAGAAACAGAAACUAACUAAUUGAGUAUUUUAGUCACUCGAUGGCACGCUCAAUACAAC